CUGGGAAUCUGUCAACUGGCAUUUGGAAGCUUGCUCUCUGGCCCUCCACCAUGCAGGUCUCCUCUGCCUUGCUGUGCCUGCUGCUCAUAGCAGCUGACCUCAGCACCCACGUGUUGGCUCAACCAGAUGCACUUAACAUCCCAGUCACCUGCUGCUACACAGUCACCAACAAGAAGAUCCCAGGGAAGAGGCUGAAAAGUUACAGUGUGGCCAGCAGCAAGUGCUCCAAGAAGGCCGUGAUCUUCCUCACUGUGCUGGAUAAGGAGAUCUGUGCUGACCCCACACAGAAGUGGGUCCAGGAGCAAAUUGCCAGGCUGGACCAGAAAAAUCAGCUUAACCGGAAUCCAACUGGACCACAAAACCCAAAGAGACCAGACAGUGUGCCCACUAUAGGCACCCCAGCAUCUUUGAACACUAACUUUACAACCCAAGAAACUGCACCUAGCUCACCAAGCACUAGCUUCCCUUCAGUAACCUCAAGCCCUACUACGCAAGUAACCAGGAGGACAGUAAACUAGGCUGACGUAAAAUGUGACGCCUGAAGUAAUAUUAACCUUAUUUAACUUAUUAGUGUUUUAACUUUAUCUUCAGUGAAUGCUAGCGUGUUUGAGAUACAGAGACUUAACUCAUUGCUUUCCUUAUGUGAGCCUUAAUUCUAUACUUGGAAUGUUGUAUGUGAAACCUUUGUAUUUUAAGUUCCAAGGAAUUGCCUUAAAUAUUAUUA